AUCUUUCGACUUAAACGUUAUUCGAAAAUGACUUAUGUAGAAGAAUACGAUGACGUUUCAGAUGUUAACUGGACCGUUCACCGAUCACAAUUGCCCGAUUGCCCUUGGCUGAUUUCGCUGGCCAUAUGUGUUGUUACAGACUGAUUAUGGUAGAAGGUUAGGGUUCCUACUGCGAAAUGAACGAAACAUAACCUACCACUGUAUCUCAAGAACGUUCUGAUACAAACUAUCAUUCAAGAUGAUGCGUUAUUCGACUGACGGCGAACAAUUGACGGAUAAGUCAAGAUGCGCUUCUCUUCGUGCAAAUUUAAAAAUGUGUUUGCUAGAAACUGAUUGCUGUCGAAUCCAUAAACGCACGCCCAAAGAGUGUUUACGGACGAAAGACAAGUCUGUGCCUGACGAGUGCUUUGCCUUCCAUAAAGCGUUCUUCGAGUGCAAACAUUCAAUCAUCGAUGGUAGAAGAAGAUUCAGAGGACCGAGAGGUUACUAACAACGUGCAGAUGUUAAGUUGUGUACUAUACAUCCUAAGUUAGUUAAUAGUUUUUUGUCCAUACAGUACAUCGAUUACUUUGUUGCUCUGUAAAUAAAGUCUCUUUGAAUAUUCCAUUUCUAUAGAUCAGUGCUCGGAAUGUUUCGGAACCCAAAAUUUGGCUCGGCCUCUUGACUAACACCGCAGUGUCACGCUCCUCGCGUCGGUUCACAGCUGAUGGUGCCAACGCGGAAAGCGAGACGCUGCAGAGGUAAGCAGAUGGAUGCAACGCGGGAAGCGUGACGCUGCGGCAGUAGUCAGGAGGCAGAGCCUAAUGUUACGUUCCGAAACAUUCUGAGCACUGCUGUAGAUAGAGCCUCUUUUUCGUCGUAAAAUGCUUAAACAAAGUAUGCAAAUUAUAUUGCAUAAUUUAUCUUGGUAAUGUUGAAUUGUUUAUUGUGAUCUAUUGAAGGUGUAUCUAAAUGCAAAUGUGAAGUAUACUUAUAAAUAAAAAUAAUAAUAAUAAAACAA